CACGAAGAAGCCAGAGUCGCUCGGAUGGUGCUCCCGUGUCUCAAGUCAGAAUAGUGGAAUGAUCGCUUAGGCCUAACUCGGAUUUCGCAUGACAAUGUCUUCUAACCGAGAGGAACCUACCGCUCUUCUUACGGAUCUCUUGAAAGUAAUCCGGUGAAACAGUUUUCGUUUCUCUACAAUAUUUUAUUCACUUUGCUCUGAAGAAUUAACGAGUACUUGUACAGAUGACUGCAAUUGGAAUGUUGCUAUGCUUAUUCGUGUAUGCGAUUUUGCUCUGGAAAUGUGCGCUAGGUACGGACCAAAGGAGAACUAAUUCCGACUUACAGGGGCCACGGUUUACCGACGAGCCACCAGGUGAAGUACUUUUUCUCAACACCACUGGCACAGUGGUCAGAUGUAAUUCUAUUGGUCAACCGAUACCGGAAGUGACAUGGGUUUCACGGGAUGGUCAGCCUGUGCUUCCUAUUUCAAGAAUCCGUGAAAUCCGGUUAGAUGGCUCUCUUGUGUUUUCGUCGUUUCGAGCCGACGAAUAUCUUAGAGACAUUCACGAUACAGUUUAUAAGUGCACAGCGACAAAUGCCGUUGGAACGAUUGGAAGCCGAGAUGUAAAAGUCAAAGGAGUUUUGUAUGAACCUUACAUCAUCCACGUCUACGAUCAAAACGUCAUCAGAGGCACAACUGCUGUAUUAACAUGUUAUAUCCCCAGUCACGUGACUAAUUACGUCUACGUGUCGUCAUGGAUAAUUGAUGACAACUAUACAAUUUCGUCCCAAAACAAAAUUUCUAGGGACAAAUACAUUCUCUUUCCGGAUGGCACAUUACAUGUCAAUCGUGUAACUACAGAAGACGGGCAACAGAGUUUCAGGUGCUUUACAAAAAACCGCCUUACUGGGGAAACAAAAGGAAGCGAAAACAUGGCUCAUCUUGUAGUUCUAGAACCAAACGAAGGCAUAUCUCCUACCAUAACGGACAGUAAACCACAAGUGACUGCGAAGGUUGGGGAGACCGCUGUUCUUCCCUGCGCUGGACAGGGGCAACCGCCUCCAACAUAUAGCUGGUAUCGUGUGAAAAACUCGGAAUGGAUACCGAUGGCUUCUCAGCCACGAGUUCAGCAAGUAGAAGGAACAUUGUGGUUAAAAGACGUCCAAGUGGAAGAUGAGGGACACUACCAUUGUGUGACAAAUAAUAGCCAGGGAAAAAGCAUUGUUCAAACAAUGCUGACUGUCAUAGCUCCACUGAAGGCAAACAUUGAGCCCCACUCCUUGGUUAUGUUAACUGGAGGAACCACAACCCUGACGUGUGUUGUUUCCGGUCAUCCUAUUGAUUCCAUAGUGUGGAUGAAAAACUUCCAGUCUGUAGUUUUCGACGGACGGAUUCACUUCCGUUCACGAAAUGUUCUCCACAUCCAAGCUGUCACCAGGGCUGACCAGGGAAUGUACCAGUGCUUCGUAUAUAGCCAUGGUAACAACAUCCAGGCUGCAGCACAACUUAUAGUUGGGGAUGUACCACCUGAACUCCACCACGGAUUUCCCGAAACAACGCUAGACGCUGGAGCAUCGUUGUCACUUAACUGCAUAGUUUCUGGACAUCCACUACCGGAAGUGACGUGGUUAAUCGACAAACUACCACUCCCCGAAGUUCGCCAUUUCCACACAGGGAAGAUAGAAAAUGGAAAUGGUAAACUUAUAGCAUUCCUGAAUAUCAGUAGAAUCCAAACGCGAGACGGGGGCUUUUACGAGUGUGUUGCCAGCAAUGGUAUUGGAUCAGUGAGUCACGUGGCUAAGGUGAAUGUGUAUGGACCACCCUAUGUCCGUCCAAUGAACAACGUCACAGUGGUUGAAGGAGAGACAUUGAUAUUGCAGUGUCCAGUGGCUGGCUAUCCUAUAAAACAUAUAGUUUGGGAAAGAGGUAAUAUUCAACUUCCCAUUAACCACCGACAACAAGUAUUUCGAAAUGGUUCUCUUAUUAUUCGGGAGGUGGCACGCGACUCAGAUCAGGGGCAGUACCGAUGUAACGCAGUCAACGAAGAUGGCGCUUCGGACCACCAAGACGUAACGAUCAAAGUGACAAUACCACCGAAGAUAAUUCCUUUUGAUUUUCCUAACCGAGUUCGAGAGGGUUCUGCAGUUGUAAUCACGUGUGGCGUCAACGAGGGAGACCCACCGUUUGACAUAAAGUUGUUAAAAGAUGACCAUCCUCUGUCACCUGAAUCCGGAGUUACUCUACAAGUUCACGAACGUUUUAUUUUGCUUGCUAUGUCCAGCGUGAAGGCUGACCACGCUGGUAAUUACACGUGCAUCGUCUCCAACUCCGGAGGUACUAGGAGUUACAGUUCUUCUCUGAAUGUGGACGUACCACCUCAGUGGGUUGUGGAGCCAAGCAACAGUUCCGUCAUUCUCGGCCAGUCCAUUGUCAUUGAUUGCACUGCUGAGGGGUUUCCUCCCCCUCAUGUAACGUGGAAGAAAGCCUCAGCUCCCCCUACAGUGCACGUACAGCACCAAGUGCAUACAGUAGCGUUAGGCGAGACACUGGAAAUUCGUUGCGAAGGGGCGGGAGAUUUGCCUAUGAAAGUCACGUGGACGAAGGAAGACCGUUACAUCACACGUUCGUACGACGGAAGGUAUAUUUUGGAAGAAACAGCCAAAAAGUCGAUGGUCAGGUCCGUGCUAUACAUAUCAGAUGUACAGAGAAACGACUCUGGGUUAUUCAUGUGUCACGUGUCCAAUAUGUAUGGAAAUUCGACAGGAAUAUUUCAGGUAGUAGUACAAGAGAUGCCAUCUGCGCCCUCUGGUGUACGAAUUGAAAACAAGACUGGAAGAAGUUUGACUGUGGCCUGGAGGAAACCUUUUGAUGGGUACAGCGCCAUCACACGCUACAAUGUUGAAUACACUUCAGACGUAUCAGACACGUGGCAAGAAAUGAGCGUUCCUUCCUCUCAAACAUCAAUUGUCAUUCACGGACUUCUUCCCGCCACAACUUACAAGUUGCGUGUUUUUGCCGAGAACACUGUUGGAAAGAGUAACUACAGCGCCAUCUAUACGACAGAGACGGAAGAAGAAGCACCUGGGGUACCUCCACUGAACGUGCAAGCUACGGCAACAGGACCAAAUUCAAUUAAGGUCUCAUGGGAACCACCGGAAAAGCAGUUCUGGAAUGGAAAAAUUAAAGGGUACUACAUCAGAUAUACCGUAGUGACGUCACCAGAAACGUCCAUGUACAAAACCGUAGAAAUAAAUGACAAGAAAGAAAUGGAAGCUCACGUGACAAAUUUGCAGCGAUCGACGAAGUACGCCGUUUCGGUUCAAGCAUUUAACGAAAAAGGACCAGGCCCGGUGUCCCAGAGUGUACUGAUUGAGACUUUGGCUGAUGUGCCUCCUACGUCUCCGCUACUAGAACUCUCCUCAUCUACGUCACAUACUUUGACAAUCUCCUGGAAAGACAGACAGAGAUUCGAUAGCCCUGUGACAGAAUACAUUUUAUACCAGAGAGAGGAGCAUGACGACUGGGUGAAAGUCACCCUUCGUUCUCAAGAAACGUCUUAUACCGCUAGAGGGCUUAAGUGUGGUUCUAGGUAUCAGUUUUAUAUCGUGUCUGUGAACAGUGUAGGGAGAAGUGAGCCAAGUGAGUUCUUGACUGGUCGUACAGAUGGCGCUGCUCCUUUGUCACCUUCUAAAAACGACCUUAUUUUCUCUGAUACUACGUCUGCAAGGCUCAACCUUUUUACGUGGCAAAACGGUGGUUGUCCCAUCGAAAGCUUUUCCAUAAAGCUAAGAAGAAAGCCCCUUUCUCAUUGGAGGACAAUUAAAGAACGAGUACUCUCCAGUCAGUCACAGUACACAAUACAAGACCUCUCUCCAGGAACGUGGUACGACCUCCAAGUGACAGCUUACAGCAGCGCAGGGGCAACAGAAGCACAAUAUGAGUUUCAAACCUUGAACAUUACAUACGAAGAAGAGCCUGUAUUAGAAGUUCUGACCAUUCCUCCAAGGUCUGAAGAGUCCGAAUUAAGCUUACCCUUCUUCUUGGAUGUCACCAUAAUCGUGCCUAUUGUCACUUCAGUUGUUAUUAUCAUCAUCAUAAUAGUUGUUGGCUGUGUUCUGUGUAAUAAAAGAAGUUUUCAUCAGAGCACUAGCAGCGAAGGAUCCAGAAAUUCACAAUUUAAGUCCAGACGAGCCGCGGAGACUAUGGUUCUGAAGGAAAUAGAAGCGCCACCUAACCACGGAUGCAUGUCAACUGGAAUUUCCAGUGAUGAUGGAACACAAAGAUCGUCAUCAUCCAGUCAGUCUCGUCCUGCUUCAUCAGUAAUGCCAUCUGCCGGUGCUAAUAUUACCCUCCCCCAAAAUGAAAUCUUCCAAAACUCUGAAAUCCAAAUUUCACCAGUUUUGUUACCAGGGGACGACGAAGGUCAUCCUUACGCAACUCCUUACGACACAGUUCAUGAGCAUCGUUUAGGGGACCCGGGAACUUCAGCAAUUCGGACCUUGAACAGAGGAUUCCGGGAUAAACGUGGGGACAAUCUCUACAUCAGCAGGCAGCAAUGCCGUCCAGAUAGACUUUACGAAGCCUUGAAACCAAACUUUCUUCCUCCACCAAUACCACUGGAGCCCCCUGGAGACGAAAUGUUUCUAUAUGCCAGAGACACGUGACCAAUACGUGUAGUUUGUGAGCCUUGUUUUGUAAAUAUGUUGUUGUUGUUGUUUUUUUUUUCUCUUUCUGCUUUUGUGGGAAUGUAAGCAUAUUUUGAUGUGAA